UGUUGCCGUCCCCGGCUCUAGAAAGAAACUAUGGCGGCGCUCGUAAGCCUUCUCUGGCAUGCUGGACAGCCCCGGGCCCGGGCUCUCCGCACUUUUGCUACGGUGUUGCCCGCGGCCAGAGACUCGCAAGUUGACUCGCAAGUUCAGAAUAUGCUUAAAACAGAAAGCAAUAAAACAGGGAAAACAUCUGGAAAGUCCAGGAAACAGGUUCUAAAUCCUAGGACAACAAAGAUGACAGUUGAUCAGGACUGGAUGAGUGUUUACCCUGCUGCAGCACCAUUUAAACCUUCAGCAGUGCCUCUUCCUAUUCGAAUGGGCUAUCCAGUGGAAAAAGGAGUACCCAUGGCCAAAGAUGGAAAUCUAGAACUUUUAAAGAUCCCCAAUUUCUUACAUUUAACUCCUGUAGCAAUUAAAAAGCAUUGUGAAGCUCUAAAAGAUUUCUGUACUGAAUGGCCAAAAGCAUUGGACAGUGAUGAAAAGUGUGAGAAGCAUUUUCCCAUUGAAAUUGAGACAACUAGUUAUGUUUCAGCAGGACCAUCUCUUUAUAAUCCCAAAGCAAGAAUUGUGACAUUAAAGAUUAGACUUUCCAAACUGAAUUUAAAUGACCAUGCAAAGAAGAAAUUUAUUAGACUUGUUGGAGAGCGGUACUGCAAGAACACAGAUUUACUAACCAUCACUACAGACAGGUGCCCUUUACAGAGACAGAAUUAUGACUAUACCAUGUAUCUCUUAACAGUUUUAUACCAUGAAUCAUGGAAAACUGAAGACUGGGAGAAAAAGAAGACUGAAGCAGAUAUGGAGGAAUAUAUAUGGGAGAAAAGCCGCUCAGAAAAAAAUAUCCUGAAGACUCUUCUCCAAAUUAAAGCUUCAGAAAAAACUGCUGGAGUCAUACAGGAAGACCUUCUUCGUUCUGAGGAAGUUGAGAAUUAUAAAAAAUCUAUUAUUGCACUUAAAAAUGAAGGUGAUACUAAAAAUAACCUUUCUCAUUAUAAAGAAGCAGUAAAGAAACUAUUGAAAUUGAUAUGACUGUGAUGUUUGGGGGCAGAACUCUUAAUCAUAAUUUGUUGUGAAAUAUUGGAUAGUUUGAUCUCUAUGAUGUAUGUGUACAAAAUUUUAAAUAAUAUAUUAGAAGCCACUCUUUUAUUCUAGAGUUAGAAUUACUUCAUACUUUUAAAGAUUUCAACACUUAUCUAAUUUUUAACAUCCUUUAAUUAAUAAUUAAAAGUGAAAUUGCUAUCCUUAACUGAUUUUUUUUUCAUUACAUCAGACUUUGCAGAUUACAUUCCCUGUCCCUUAAUAUGAUGUAUGCUUGUUUUUGAUGUGUAUUUUUUAGACUGAAAGUGUUGUCUAGUAUUGCUAAAAAGGAGAAAUGCUAAUUGCAUCUAAAAUUUUGAAUACAGUCAGCCAAUAGGUAUUUAUUAAGCUCCUGUUAUUAAAGUGCCAGGCACUGUGGUGGUAGCUAGAGAUACAAAUAAACUUUAUGAAGAUAUAUGAUUUAAUUUAAAAUCCCCUGAUAAAAUAUAAAAUUUAAAAUCCACUGGUAGGAAGAAGAUAGUAUUAAUUAGAGUGCAUAUUUUUAAAAUAUUUGAAUCGUUUCUUGCAAAUGCAAAAAAAAAAAAAAAGAAGAAGAAUUAGAAUGAGAAAUUUGUUGAAAUCCAGAUUUCAGGACUUAAAUAUUUCUGACAGAGGAAUAGAAAAAUUCCAAAAUAAUUGGCUGUAAGUUUAACAUAAAAUGAAGAUUUAAGUUGGCAAGCUCCAGUUUAUGUAAUAAUGACCCUGUAGUAUGACACUGUGCCAAAAGGAGAAGAAAAAAGCAGCACUAUAUUAUAUUCCAUCAACUUAUGUACCACUUGUAAAAUAGGAUAAUUACUUGGCUUGGGUUAAGUUUCUAAGUAUAAUUUAAGAAGUAUUGCAUUUCAAAAUUUGAAAGAAAAAUUGUGAAGUGGUAAAAAGAAGAAAUCAAACAUUUAAAAAUAAAGCAAAGUAUUGAAAAUUGAUAGAUGAGUCUAAGGAUUGGUAGACUAUUAAAUAAUUAAUGUAUGUAGUGGAAGCACACAUAAAAAAUUGAUAACUGAGACAAUACUAAUUGAGGCUUAAUGAAAAUUCUUUCAAGCUACAAAAAUCAUGCAAUGAUUAAGAUGAAGAUUAAGCAAUGCUCCCAGGCUCUUGGUUGCAUUUGCUGGUAAUUAAUAAUUAUAGUUUCAGGAAUAAUUAGUUAAUUCAGAUUUAAAUGUGAAACUGUUAUCUUAGAACUUUGGCCCUUUAAAUAUCAUAAUUUUCAAAUUGAGAUCAUAUUGGAUUGAAUUUGGAGAACUGUACAGUUCUUUCACUGAUCCUAAAUUACUCACUGCUACAAAAGUCAGUAUUGUGACCAGCAAAAUUUUCCUGAAGUUCUAUGGCUGUAGAUUAUGGAACUCCAUGAUAAUGAAACAAUCAAAAUUGUAAGUAAUGCAAGAAACUACAAAAAAAAAAAAUACACACACACACACACAAAAGCCUACUGUGGACUCAAGUAGGCAUGAGAAGUAUCAUAAAGGACAUCAUCACUGGAAAUGUAUUUGAUUAAUUAAAAGGAGUCAUCAGUUUGUCUUUCAAAGAGCAGAAAUAUAAUUUUAAGUACAAUAUAGUGAGAGGAAAGUUGUGACCUUUAUAAUGGGCCUUUUAUUGGGAAUAAUUGUUCUCAAUGAACUUUUUAUCACAUGGCAAGAUGGUGAGUUUUUUGCUAUUGUUAUUUCUUACAUAAAUCCUAAUCAUGAUUGCCUGAACAUUUAGCAUAGUUGCAUGGCUAUUGGAUAAUCAGAGCACAUAAGAAAUGUAAUCCUAAAAGUCUUUGUCAUUUAAUAAAUGUUUACAGAAUCUAAUCCAAAUAAAGUAUAUUGAGAAAUUUAUGUUUUAAUUUCAGAAGACAAAGAAGUUCUUUUUUCCUUACCAAAGUUGAUAAGCAGAUAUUUUCUUAACAACAUUUAUUAUGUUUGGCAUAAAUAUGCAUUUGCAUUAGGUGCUGAAAUAAUUCCUCUCCUCAAGGAGUUUACAUUCUAAUAGGGAGAUGUAAUUCAUCUAUAAGGAAGCAAUGACCAGGGAAGGCCAUCAGUUAAAGCAGUCAGAGAGAUUAUAAGUGGAACCAUAUGGAAAUAGAUUGUCACCAAGUAAAGUAGUAGUCAUAGUGAUUUGAAUAUUUGUUCCUAGAGCAAUAAAAAGAAGUGAAAGUAUGUAGAUAUGCCUACAGCUUGGGUGCUAGUCUCAGAGCAAAUGGUACAAUACUGUCUAUUCCUGCUGUCCUAGUUGAAUGACUAGAUGGGAUAUGAAACAUGAUAUGGGCUUGGCUAGAUAGAUAGUAAGUUUUCAAUCACUUGCUAAUCAGAAAAAUUCCAACUUGCUAAAGUAUCCUGAAAUUAAGUGGACUAAUU